CCCAGUGUAAAACGGUAAAGCCGAUGGUAUGCGGUGCUUUUAUGUCUGCAAUUGUUGUAAAUCCCUUAUCACCUCGAUCACAGGUCGCUUAUCGGCAGCUCCCGUUUAUCGUGACAGCGUGCUAUUAUCCACCCCCAAGUUCUGAGCAGCUUGUGAAGUGCAGACUCCUCCGUUGUUGAGCCUUUCGACGCGCGAAGCUUGUGCGUGCUUGUGCGCUACAACGAUACGCGGCACGCUACUAUGCAGCCAGCACGCUUCAACUGGCUCUUUUUCCGACGUUUCUGGGUUCUCUGUGGCGUAGUUCUGAAGCAAAGAAAUGCACUUGUUCUCCUUCUCGGACUGCUGAUCAUUGCGAUCGUCUACGAAGUCAAUGCUUACUACGUGGGCAUCAUUAGCAGCAAGUACUACGUGGUUCUCGGUGCCCGUGACUGGAACGGAUUCUGGAGUGCUACAGCGCAAAGCGUUGGUAUCAUUUUGGCAAUAGCCGUUGUGAGGGCGCUACGGACAUACGUUUCGAACUUGGCCGGGGUGCAGUGGCGUAUGAUACUUACGGAAGACCUUCACAGGUUGUACUUUUCUAGCAGAACUCAUUACACGGUGAACGUUCUUGAGGACUGGGUGGACAAUCCCGAUCAACGGAUGACCCAGGACGUGGACAGGUUUUGCCAGAGAAUCGCUGAUGUCCUACCUGCCGCUUUUAUAGCACCGUUUACCACAGCGUACUACACGUACCAGUGCGCCUCGAUCGCUGGAUGGAGUGGACCGCUGUCGGCUUUCGUUUUUUUCUUAACAUUUGCGGUCAUAAACAAGUUCCUGCUGUCUCCCGUAGUGCCUCGAGUUUACGAGCAGGAGAAGCAGGAAGGAAAGUUUAGGCAUUUACACGCCAGUAUACGCGCUCAUUCAGAGUCCAUUACAUUCCUUGACGGCGAAGCUGUGGAGCAGGUGAACACCAAUAGACAACUUAUGAACCUUGUUCGCGCCCAGACUUACGUUGUCAACAGACAACUUCCUUUGAACGUUGGCGUCCAUAUGUUCGAUUACCUUGGCAGCAUUCUCAGCUUCCUCGUAAUCGCGGUGCCGAUCUUCAACGGUACAUACGACGACGUCAAAUCUAAAGCUUUGAGCGGCAUCAUCAGCAAGAACGCUUUUGUGACCAUAUACUUAAUCAGUUGUUUCAGCAGUCUGGUUGAUCUGUCGGGAGGCUUUUCGGUUAUUUGCGGUAAUACGCACAGGAUAGCUGCCUUGCGCGAACGCAUGCUGAAGCAUGCUCGGGACGAAGAUCUGCAAGCUGUUCUGAAUAGCGACGGUACUUCGGACGGUGACAAGGGACCUGCCGUCGAGCUGGUUGAUGUAUCGUACAAUUCUCCGAGGGAUAAUGAACCGCUUGUCGAGAACCUAACGUUAUCUCUGGAUACCAACCGCAACGUUCUGGUGACAGGACCUAGUGGCAGUGGGAAAACGAUGUUACUGAGGGUCAUCAAAGGACUUCGCGAAGCCUCUUCGGGGACAGUGAAAAGGACGAGAGAGCAUUCUAUACUUUUCAUGCCACAGGUGCCGUGGCUGACAGUAGGGAGCUUACGGAACCAAAUUGCCUACCCAUCGCUGCCUGCGCAUUCCGGCGACGAAGAACGAGACAUGGUACGGCUUCUAGAACUCGCCGGAUUAGAGCAUCUUCUACGAAGUGCCUACAGCCUGGACGCGGAAUUGGAUGCGGCCUGGUACGACGCUCUAUCUCCAGGGGAAAAGCAGAGACUUAGCUGGGUUCGAAUGUUGCAUCAAAGGCCGCCCUUGGCGUUCCUGGACGAACCCACAGCUGCGGUGGGCUACGAACUGAAGAGUCGCUUGUACGAAGAAUGUGCAAAGAGAGACAUCAGAGUCGUCGUCGUUGGUUACCAGCACGAGGUGAAAGGUUGGGAACCAGAUCUUAUAAUCACAACACGGGAGAAUGGCGUCAAACGGGAAUCGUCGAAAAUGUGAUUACAUCCUGUUUGACGGGCCUUGACAAUGGGCCGGAACGCUGAUGUUUUGUUGUAUUGUAUAUUUUAUAUGUAGUUUAUAUAUAUAUAUAUUUUAAUACGCAA